AUGGCACGCAAUUACAGUCUUGCAUUCCCCCGCUUGGCGCUGUAUACGCUACUCUGGGCGGUGGCUGUCGUCCUUCUUGGCCUUACAUCGUACCGUAUUCAUGUCACGAAAAGUCAGUUCCGACGCUACGAUAGAAUCGUUGUCGAGUUAUUGGUCAGUGCCAUCCUCACAAUUCUCUGGGUACCGUUCGUGGCCGUCAUGAUAUUUGCCGCGCGCUCGUCAAGCCGUCGACACGGUACCCAGAUUUGCUUCGAGUUAUUGAUAUUAGCCAUCCUGUGGGUGUUGUGGCUUGUCGGUGCCGUGGACACAACCAACCGCCUGAUUCCUGGCCACAAUUGGUGCUCCAACGCACUCGGUACAAAGCAGUGUAAUAUUUUGACGACAAUUCUUGCCUUUGCUUGGAUUGGGUGGUCUCUAUUGACGAUCCUCUUCGUUAUGUCGACAAUCGCCUACGUUGCCGGAGAGCCCUCUCCGACUUCAACUGCGCCUGCUGCGGGAACGAACAAGGAGAGAACGAUGGAAUCAGCACCUAGCACCCAGCAACCUACCACUUCCACACAGCCGGCGACGCAGCCAGCGACGCAGCCGGUGACUCAGCCUGUAUGA